AUGAAUUCUUUCUCCUCCCGUCCCCAGACACUCUUGGCCAGAGCACUUUAUGACAACCACCCAGACUGCUCCUACGAGCUGGCUUUCUGCAGAGGAGACAUCUUGACCAUUCUGGAACAAAACGUGCCAGAAAGCGAGGGCUGGUGGAAGUGUUUGCUCCACGGGAGGCAAGGUCUGGCCCCUGCCAACCGCCUCCAAAUCCUCCCUGAGGCCCCCGCCGACAGGCCCUGUCCCCCUUUCCUGAGAGGCCUGGAGGAAGCUCUCGCCAACUCCGAGGAGACCUACCAGGUGCCCACCCUGCUCAAGCCCCCGACUCCAGGCCCUGUAUAUGAGCACAUGAAGGGCUGGGUAGAGGGGCCUCCAACCACCACCGCGCAAGUCUACGAAUUCCCUGACCCACCUGCCCGUGCCAGAAUCGUCUGUGAAAAGACUCUAAGCAUUCCGAAACAGGCCCUCUUCAUGAUCCCCAGACCUGCUUGGGCCUCGUUGCCAACGCUGCCUUCCCAGGUGUAUGACGUACCGGCCCAGAGCCGGGGCCCCCCAGCCCUGAAGGAGCCAGAGAAGCAGCAGUUAUAUGAUAUACCCCCCAGCCCCCAAAAGGCAGGACUUGGUCCCUUGGCCAGCCAACCACGUGGGCAGAGUGCUCCCCUGGUGUCAGCAAUUGCCGUGAGGCAAGGCGGCUACAACACGUUACCGAGCCCCCAGAAAUCAGAAUGGAUUUAUGACACACCAGUGUCUCCAGAAAAAGCCAAUGGCAGAAAUGCAUCUUUGAGGAGCUUUGUGGAAGAAUCAGAGCCCCACACUCCCCCCAGGUAUAUGUCCAGCUUCCAGAAUCCUCUGAACAGCAGAGCAAGGUCCCUCUAUCCACACCUGCAUAAAAAUGUGCCCAUGCAGAAAAAACUCAGCCUUCCAGAAAUCCCUUCUUAUAAAUCCCUGGCACCCAGGGACACAUUUCCCUUGGACGAGGUGCCUCCAAGCUUUCUGAACCCCCGCGUGGAACAGAAGAACACCAAGCCAAACAUUUAUGACAUCCCUAAAGUGAUGCUGAGCGGCCCCCAGGCCGUGAACGAGCUGGCGAGAGUCAACGGGGCCCCGGAGAAUGCCCCGGACCACAGCUCCUCAUUGUUCUCUGGCCAGGCCCCUUCGCUGUCUCUGGAACCGGACAGGUUGUCCGUUUGCAGUUCUGACAGCAGAGCCAGCGUUGUCUCCUCGUGCUCUUCCUUGUCCAUGGAAUCCUCUUCUAGCUCCUGCUCGGAGGAGUCAGGAAAGGAGCUCUCCUUGGACCCAGACUUGGCCAGAGAGACAGUAGCGGCUCUGCAGCACAAGGUGGCUGGCGCUGUUGCCAGCCUGAUGCUCUUCGUCAGCAGGAAGUGGAGGUUCAGAGACUACCUGGAGGCCAACCUCAGCGCCAUCCGUAGUGCCGCAGACCACGUGGAAGAAUCUUUGAGAGCAUUCCUGGAUUUUGCCCGCGGGGUCCGUGGGACUGCCUGUAACCUCAGCGACACUAACCUUCAGGCCAGAAUUAGGGACCAGCUACAGACCAUCUCCAAUUCCUACCAGAUCCUGCUUGGAGCAAAGGGAAGCCUGGAUAGCUGCAAUUGGUCCUUGGAAGUCCUUGUGACGGACAAAGUCCAAAACAGCCUGGAUGACCUCGAGAGAUUUGUCAUGGUGGCACGGAUGGUCCCAGAAGACAUCAAGAGGUUUGCCUCCAUUGUCAUUGCCAAUGGGAAGCUCCUUUUCAAGCAGAACUGUGAAAAGGAAGAUACCUUGGAAAUGACCCCCAAUGCACAGUUGGAGCUUGCAAAAUGCAUCCAGCCUCCCCAAAGGGAAAUUGAAUCAUACCAAAGAAGUGCUCCUUUUAAUAAACAAAAGGAAAGUGAACAUUCCCCUGGGCUACUAAAGAAAAACGGGACAAUUACCUGCGAACUGAAUCCUAGCUCUCUCAUCCCACAGCCUUUGAGUCAGCAGAAUCCCGAGAAGCGAUUCCACCUUUCUGAACACUGCCGGCUCUAUUUCGGGGCACUCUUCAAAGCCAUCGGCGUAUUUAACAGCAGCCUCAGCAACAGGCAGCCCCCCGAGAUCUUCAUCACGCAGAGCAAGCUGGUCAUCAUGGUGGGGCAGAAGCUGGUGGACACGCUGUGCAAAGAGACACAGGAGAGGGACGUGCGCAACGAGAUUCUCUGUGGCAGCAAUCACCUCUGCAGCCUGCUCAAGAACCUCGCGCUGGCCACCAAGCACGCCGUGCUCAAGUACCCCAGCCCUGCAGCCCUGGGGCACCUCCAGGCCGAGGCCCAGAAGCUGGAGCAACACACUCGGCAAUUCAGAGGGACGUUGGAAUGA